CUCUCUUUAACUGUGAAUCCUACUGACUGCGCAUUUAGUAAUGAAAAUAUUUAUGCGGUUACCCCUUGUACUUUCAUAAGAUCUUUAUUUAUUUUUCAGGAAAUAGAAGAAAUCAAAGCAUGUUUCAGACAAAAGUAUGGCAAAGACCUUGAAGAAUGGGUAUGCGGUGACACUAGCGGCUAUUUUAAGAAUUUGCUACGAGCGCUUAUAACUGCAGAACGAGACGAAAGUGUAGAUAUAGACUUUGAAGAAGCUGAAAGGGAUGCUCAAAGACUUUAUGACGGUGGCGUCGGCAAGAGGGGUGUGGAUGGAGAAAUCUUCACGAAAAUUCUAUGCACCCGUAGUCCAGCUCAGCUAGAAACUACAUUCGGAGAUUAUGAAAAGAUAGCAGGACAUACGCUGACGGCUGCUAUCAGAUCUGAAUUCACCGGAGAUUCGGAAAACACGCUACUUUCUAUAGUUUAUUGCAUCAAAAAUAGGAAUCGUUAUUUUGCGAAACAGUUGAAAGAAUGUUUAAAAGGCUUGGGAACAGAUGAUUCAGCACUUGUCCGAAUUCUUGUUUCUCGGUCAGAAAUUGACCUUGAGGAUAUUAAAGAGGCUUACAUUCAAAUGUACCAGAAAGAUCUAGCUGUGGAUGUUGCUGAAGAUACCAGUGGAGAUUACAGAAAAGCACUUCUCAGAAUAUUACAGCCAUAAAAAGCAAAGAUUCUUCUUUAGGCUCAUAUUAGCAGCUUCAUUUAACCUUCAUUAAAAUCAUUGAAGCAUGCGCAGCAGAGUUUUUUAUGGAGUUGUGCACAUUUUUUCAUUUGUGAAAUAAAUAAGUAUUUUAGCAUAAUGCAA